GGUGUGUUGGGUUAUUGUAAACCACGUUAUUAUUCUACCAACAGUCACACGAUACAAUUCUAAAACGGAACAGCUAUGGUGAUGGCAUAACAAAGAAGCCGACAAUGUAACAUAUGAUGAAGAGAUAUUCGUCUCCGACACGGUGCUGUACCGUCUCAUGCAUCCCCUGGAAUGACAGCUGAAGCCAUUGGUACCGCCUUUUAGAAUGUGGAACAGCCAAUCAUAACUCGCCGAAAUCCCUGCACGGAGACGUUUAGUUGUUGUACGCACGCGCACGUCAGUUGAAGGCGCCGGAGGUGACCGAGAAAAACUGUAGAUGUGUCAGAGUCUUGCCCCAUCACAUUCAAGAUUGUUUGUGCUCCUAACAAGUUGAAGUGCAGGAGGUCUCUAUGGUUCAACUAUGGAUGCGUCGACGGCCAGCACGGACUCCACUACGGGACACGACCCUGGCAAAACACUUGUUGUUAGUGGCGCUGUAACUUCUCUCCCUAAUCACCAGGGGAAAGUAGGCUCGUGCUCAGUGCAGACUUUCAAUGGGAGCCAAACUAUAAACUCUCACAAUUCAGGAAGCGCUGCCCCCAUCGCGGGGGCGACGGUGACAAGUGUCACUGCUAACAGCAGCAGCAGUACUGUGAUAUCUGUCACAGCUGUCAACAGUGGACCAGUGAUGUCAAAAGGGCUGACCAGUGCAAUAAUGCACCCCUCGUCAAACAGUGUAAUUCAGACGUCUCUCGUGAACUCGCAGAGUGUUGUCGGUCCAGCUCAGUGUGUGAGCCAGGCAACAGGACCCACUGUGACACUGGUCAGGCCGCCUAUGCAAACCGCGGGGUCGGGUGCAACUUUGAAUGGGAACAAUAAUGUGAGCCACGCUGUGGUUUCCAAUACAACAGGUCACACAGGUAUCGACAUACACACCCCGCUUGUUAAUAACAGCCAGCCAGCCAACUCGUCGUCUGUCAGCGCACCGCACAUAAUCAAGGCAGAGCCACCCACAACAAUAAUCCAGUCACCACAGCAGCCAGCGGUUACUCCUGGCGCCGUCAGCGCUCCCCGGAUUCUGUCGACGGUAGCUGCCGGUCCAGGCGGGAUACGAGCCCUGACGCCUCAGAUGUUAGCCCCAAGACUCCCCCAGACGCCCUCGGGACAGCCCAGUGUACAUAACAUCCAGCUCCCCCCGGGAAUGGUGCUUGUACGCAGUGAGAGCGGGCAGCUGCUGAUGAUUCCUCAACAGGCUCUGGCCCAGAUGCAAGCCCAGGCUCAGGGAGGCAUGGCACCUCGGACUGCUACACCAACAAGUGUUCCUCCUGGUCAGGCUCCUGGAAACACCAUCAUUAGCAGACAAGUGGCUCCCAGCACCAUUAUCCGUCAAGGCUGUCCAGCCCCAACGUCAUCUGCUGCGACCACCACUCUUCAUAGACCUCCUAUCCUUCAGAAGCAUGGAGACCUAGACUUGAAGGAAUUAGACUUACCGAGCUCAGUUGGGGCUGCAGUACCAGGAAUUACCCCCAGGACUGUCAGCCAAACAGCUGGGACCACAGUAUCUUCGGUAACAGUGAGCAAAGAGACAAUGGAGAAUGUGACAAAAUGUAAGAACUUCCUGUCUACACUGAUCAAGCUAGCAUCCACUGGGAAGCAAUCUACAGAGACUGCAGCCAUUGUGAGAGAGCUGGUCAAGGACCUGCUGGAGGGCAGACUGGAAGCUGAAGAAUUCACCAGCAGAUUGUACAAAGAGCUCAAUUCUUCGCCCCAACCUUACCUUGUGCCUUUCCUCAAGAGAAGCCUCCCAGCCUUGAGGCAGCUCACCCCAGACUCAGCAGCCUUCAUCCAGCAGAGUCAGCUCCCCCAGCCAGCCUCAGGUCCAGUCCUCUCCACCUCACCCAUCCCCACCACGGUGGUCCUGGGCAGCCCAGCACCCCGCCUCACUGCCCCAGUCAGUAGGCCCCAGCUCCCACCAGGCAUUAGCAAACCAGGACAGACCGGCGCACUGGUUAUCCAGCUUCAGCAGAGAGCAAUGUUGAGACCUCAGGUAGCCUUACCGACAACCCCCAUGGUGACUCUCAGAAAUCAGGCUCCUGGCCGCAUCAUGCUGGGACAGCAACAGGUCCAGCUAAAAGAGCUGCAGCCACUUCCUGUGAGGCUGGAGGUGCCACAUGUUUCUAAACAAGUGUCUGCUGCAUCCUUGACCCUGGCUCAAAAGAACAAGCUGAAAGAGGCUGGUGGCACUUUCAAAGAUGAUGACGACAUCAACGAUGUGGCCUCCAUGGCUGGAGUGAACCUAUCAGAGGAAAGCGCUAAUAUCCUAGCAACCAAUUCUGGAAUAGUGGGAGCGGUGACACAUUCCUGUAAGGACGAGGCUUUCCUCUCCUAUGCCAUUCUACAGAGGAGAAUGCAGGAGAUAGGUGAGACACUUACAACUUUGUUGACAAUGCAGCAUCUAUCCAUCCACCUAAAGCCCCAAGAUGCCUCUGUUUCUUCUCCAGGUAGUAGGUACGGUGUGACCGACCUGGGUGCGGAGGUGGUGAACCUUGUCUCCCACGCUACUCAGCAGCGGCUUCAGAACCUGCUGGGGAAAGUUACUGAAGUUGCUCAGCAGAAAAACGGAAAUUUCAAGGAGGAUGACAAAUAUGAGCAGAGCAGUGAUGUUCGUGCUCAGCUCAAGUUCUUUGAGCAGCUGGACCAGCUAGAAAAACAACGGAAGGAGGAACAGGAGAGAGAGAUCCUCCUAAAGGCAGCUAAGUCUCGAGCUCGGCAAGAGGACCCAGAGCAGCUGCGUCUGAAACAGAAGGCAAAAGAGAUGCAGCAGCAGGAGCUGGCUCAGAUGAGACAGAGGGAGGCCAACCUGACUGCUUUGGCAGCCAUCGGUCCCAGGAAGAAGAGGAAGAUUCUGGACUCUGCAUCUUCCUCUGCUGCAGCUGAGGGAUCAGGAACAGGUCCCUCUCUGUCUGGUGGGGCUGCUGGGUCUGGCUCCAGACCCACACGGCAGCGCAUCACACGUGUCAAUCUCAGGGACCUGCUCUUCUGUUUGGAGAACGAGAGAUUUACCAGUCACUCCCAUUUCCUCUACAAAGGCUUUCUCAAAUAGGCUUGAUGUCAGAGGGGAGAGUGUGUGGAGAGACCAACCGCUCCCACCACAGAGAAAGCAUAAGAGACUUUUAUAAAUAAAGAGGAGAGCAGCGUAUUAUUGGCACAUUUCCGGUUUUUUCAGAUAUACCUGAUAACCUGAAGUACAGUGGUAGCCACAUUGGAUGGCCUCUCUACCUCUCUCCUCAAAUAAUGCCUACUUUGCUUCACAAGCAUUACUGGACUAAUGCUACUAUUUACCCCGUACAAUGUUUCAAUCAAAUGCAAAAAAUGGAUUAUAUGUUAUGAGGAAGUUAUUGUACAAUUAUGCACUGUCACACCGUACCGUCUCUUUCGGAUUAUUUGUAUGUGCAUUAGACUUUAAAGCAAUUGAAAUCCUAACAUUUGUUUUAUUAGACCACAGACUAAUUUUACUGAAUGAUGAUUUUAUUUUUGAUUUAACUGAAUGAGUUUAAACUCCAAACUGUGUAACCUACUGAGUUGCCUUCCUAACUAUGAAUAAGCCAUAUAGCCAUCCCGAAGCAAUUAACCCUGCUGUAACUCAUGACGCAGUAGUUCACAUCUCCAUUACUUUACUUGAUUAUUUUUUUGCAUAUUUAUUUACUAAACUUAAGCUUGAAUUCAUGUUUAGUUAUUUAUUUGAUUUCAUGUGACACCUCAGUUGUUUGUAGCUUAAAUUCAAAACGCAAUGCAUUUAACGGCAUAGGAUAUGUUUAAAAUCAGUUUUGACAAUUUUGUUGGGUUUAUAGAUUUCAGUGCGUGUAGAGAGGUGUUUUUGUUUUUAAAUCUUUGAAAUUGUUCUUUUUAAAAUUAGUUUGACAUGUAUUGGUUUCUAAAACUUGAAUAGGUUUCAGAAGACUUUUAACCCGUAUUGCUAUACCAAACAUACAUCUACCUGAAAGUGAUUUCUAUUUUUCUAGCUGCCCACCAACACACAUUUUUACUCUCUUAUAAUAGUGACUGACUUAAGUGGAGUUUCUUCCUGUAUAUUUGUAAAUGUUACACCUAGUUUUACACAUGGUUUUGUAUAGAAUUUACCCAUACGGCAUAAAGAAAAACAAACAAAUUUUCUCUAUUGAAAAGUUUGAAUAAAUAAUGGUUUUACAGUAA